AUGGACCUCUGGCUUUGGUCACUUUGCUUCCUGCCAGUGGCUGGGGCUGUGAGGACCCUCCCCGAAGUAAAGAUGGGGGGAAUGCUGGGUGGAUCCGUUACCAUUGAGUGCCCGCUUCCUCAAAUGCAUAUGAGGCUCUAUCUGUGCCGGGAAAUGGCCGAAUCUGGAGGAUGUGCCACCGUGGUGUCCAACAAGAACUUUGUCAAGGAAGAAUACAAGCACCGCGUCACCCUGAAGCCUUGUCCAGAUAAGAAUGUGUUCCUAGUAGAGGUGACAGAGCUGGCCAAGAGUGACAGUGGAGUCUAUGCCUGUGGGACAGGCAUGAACACAGACCGAGGCAAGAUCCAACUAGUCACACUGACUGUCUACAGUGAGUAUGAGCUAUUCUGGGAAGAGGAGCCGAUGCCCGAGCCUCCACCUUGGUUUCAUCGAUUUCUACGCAUGCCGGUGCCCCCUGGUGGGCUGGAGGAGAAUAGACAAGCACAGAAAUACAGCAUAAAGCAGCGUGGGGAUGGAAUUACAAACAGGGUUUUCUCCAUGCUCCAGAUGCCUGCGCAUGACAGUUCUUUUGAAUUCAUACAUAAAGUUACCACACCAGCUGAAAGGACGGAGGCCCCUCCAGAAAUCCACUCCUCCUCCACCACCCCCAUCUCUCACCACCUUCGAGUUUCCAGGGCAUCUUCAGUAGCAGCUGCCAAGCCCCCAACCUUCCUGCCAUCCACCACAGCCUCAAAGACCUCAGCUCCGGAGAGGCUGCUUAGACCCCAGACAGCCAGCUACAACUACCACACCAGGCUUCAUAGGCAGAGAGCCUUUCACCAGGACCCCGUGCCUGGGUUGGAAGACCAAGGAUUUCACAUCCUGGUGCCCACCACCCUGGCCCUCAUCCUGCUGGCCCUGCUGGGACUGUUGAUGAAAAGGGUCAUUCAAAGGAGGAAAGCCCUCGAGAGGCGGAUCCUCCGAGCGGCCGUGAGGAUGCGCGCCCUGGAGGCGUCCCAGCGCCCGCCGCUGCAUCGGCCCCGCGCGUCCCAGCCGCCGCGCUCCCAGAACAUCUACAGCGCCUGCCCGCGGCGCGAUCCGGCGGCGGACGCGGAGGGUGACGGGGAGGUCCCUCUCCCAGGCCCGCGAGCGUCGGCGCCCCCUGUCGCUCCGCAGGUGUCUGAAGCUCUCUGGCUCCAUGCCCCAUCUCUGAAGACCAGCUGUGAAUAUGUGAGUCUCUACCACAAGCCUGCUGCCAAAGUGGAGGACACUGAUUCAGAUGACUAUGUCAAUAUUCCCUGCCUGACUCACCUAUCCAGCUGUCCCCCGGGACCCAGACCUUGGUGCCAAUGAGUCCUGUCUAGCUGCUGGUUUCCGAUACUUGCUCUGUUUUUAGAGUCCUCAUUACCUCUCACACCAACCUCAAGUCUCAUUCCUGUCUCUCCUGAGAAUAGCUCAGUAACCCCUUGCAGCUCUUCUUGCACACCUCUACAGCCCCCUGUGGUUUUCAAGUGGGCUCUGGGCAUACAGAGCAUUUGUCCCAGCGCCACCUGCUUCUUCUCCAAGCCAUGGGAUUUGCAGAGUGUCUGAUUACAGGGUCCUCGCUGCCCUGGCUCUAGACUCAUGACAUCAGGCUGGAGCAUAGACAUAGGUGUUGCUUCAGGAGACUUUCUCAGGCAUGGGCGUCACACCAAUAGAAGGCCCCUGGACCUUCUAACGAAGAUAUGAAAUGCCCCUGGCAACAUCUUUGCCCUGAUCUUGAGGCUGGCUCUCACUAGUGCGCUUCUAUUCAUCUUGAGUCCUAUGGUAAGGACAUUUUUUUUAUAUGAUGAAAUGUUGUAAAUUUUCAGACCCAUGCUUGUUAGUGUUAGUGAUUAUAUGUAUAUAUUCCUAAAUCCUCUAUACAGUCUCCCUCGCUUGAUGUGCAUAAGUACAUUGACCCCAGUGUCUCCCCUCUUUUAAAAAUAGGAUAGCUUGUAUCAUCUCCUUAUCUUCCUUCCAUGGCUUAGCACUGAUAUUUGUGCACUUAAUGUUGGUCUGUUUUGACCAUCCCAAACCGUUACAUCUGUCUGCGUUCAGAAAUGCCCCCUCAUCUCUGCCAGGUAACUUCUGGCAAUGUAGGGGAGGAAAGUGGCUUCUUGGAGGGCCAGGUGUUCUGCAAUAGCACUUAUGUCAUGAAAGGAGAGAUAUCCCCCCUCCUACAUACACCUUCUCUUAAAUUUUCUGGGCAAGGGCAUAGGCAGAUGUUACAUCUUGGGACUGAAGUCAACUACAAAGUUCAGCCGUAGCUUGAGACUAAAGAACACCCAAUCUUGCUAUUCAGAAGAAGACCUUUCCUGGAUGCAUAACUCAGCCUUACUGGGCACUUUCCCACACUUAGGAAGAAGAGGCUGCCAGAAUUGAUUUCCCUGCUUCUUAUUAGCAGGGAGUGUCUUUGAAGAUUGGACAGUAGUAUGAUGACACCGUUAGCAGUGUCAGCUUGACAAUGGCACCCUCUCCAGCGGCAGAUAAGAAUGAGUAGUAUAAGAAAGGAGGGCCCCCAAGGAGAAGGGAUGGUAAGAAUAGGAUGGGGAGAAAUGAAAUGUGUAGUGAGCCUGCUUUGUGCUGGGCACUUAACCUUCAUCGUAUCUUCUAUCAUUUACAUUCCAAACUGAUGCCGUCGCCUCCACCCCAAUGCUGUGCUCCUGCAGAUCUCGUGGCAAUAUGGUUUCUAUGCCCUGAAGUGCAACUUCAUAUCCCAACACCCUUCAUUGUUCCUCAGUCAUUCAAAGACAGACAAAAAAUCCAGUUUAUUAAGCAUU